AGAUCAGCGAACAUUUUUUUCCUUCCUUUGCUCCCUCCCCCUACCCGCCCCUCCCUCCCUCUUUCCCUUCCCUCCCUCCCUCCCCUCUCGGCUGGGUCUUUGCGCCCGGGCGCCGGGUCCCCUCCGCAGCUGGGACGCGCCGAACUCGAGGCAGGAGUCGGCAAUCCAGAGCCUCGUCCCUCCCUUCCCCUUCCCUGCCCCCUUCCCCCACCCCUGACUCCGGCUCAGCGCAGCGGCCAGAGAAACCCCGAGCCCCGGCCCAGGCCCCUGAGCUGGAGGGAUGGAAAACUCCUCGGCAGCAUCAGCCUCCUCUGAGGCUGGGAGCAGCCGCUCCCAGGAGAUCGAGGAGCUGGAGCGCUUCAUCGACAGCUACGUGCUGGAGUACCAGGUGCAGGGGCUGCUGGCCGACAAGACAGAGGGCGACGGCGAGAGCGAGAGGACCCAGUCCCACAUCUCCCAGUGGACAGCGGACUGCAACGAGCCGCUGGACAGCAGCUGUUCCUUCUCCCGAGGGCGAGCCCCCCCACAGCAGAAUGGCAGCAAAGACAACUCCCUGGACAUGCUGGGCACGGACAUCUGGGCUGCCAACACCUUCGACUCCUUCAGUGGUGCCACCUGGGACCUGCAGCCGGAAAAGCUGGACUUCACGCAGUUCCACCGCAAGCUCCGGCACGCGCCCAAGCAGCCCCUGCCGCACAUCGACCGCGAAGGGUGUGGCAAAGGGAAGCUGGAAGAUGGGGAUAGUAUCAACCUGAAUGACAUCGAGAAGGUCCUCCCGGCCUGGCAGGGCUACCACCCGAUGCCCCACGAAGUGGAGAUUGCGCACACCAAGAAGCUGUUCCGGAGAAGGAGAAAUGAUCGAAGACGACAGCAAAGACCUCCGGGAGGGAACAAGCCCCAACAGCAUGGUGACCAUCAGCCGGGCAGCGCCAAACACAACAGGGACCACCAGAAAUCCUACCAGGGGGGCUCAGCACCUCAUCCCUCAGGGAGGCCCACCCACCAUGGCUACAGCCAGAACCGGCGCUGGCACCACGGCAACAUGAAGCACCCACCAGGCGACAAGGGGGAGGCAGGCACCCACCGCAAUGCCAAAGAGAUUGUGACCAUCGAGAGCCCAAAACUUGAGGACACCCCGGGAGACACCGGGCACGGCAGCCUUGAGUCCCCCCGCAGCCCUGACGUCCUGGCCCCGGCAGCUUCUGAGAGGCUGCCCCCGCAGCAGCCGGGAGCACCGGAGGCCGAGACAAAGCGUAAAGACAGUAUUCUUCCCGAGCGCAUCGGGGAGCGGCCCAAAAUUACCCUGCUCCAGUCUUCCAAAGACAGACUGCGGCGGAGGCUAAAAGAAAAGGAGGAAGUGGCGGUGGAGACGACCAGCCCUCAGCAGAACAAGAUGGACAAGCUGAUGGAGAUCCUGAACAGCAUGCGGAACAACAGCAGCGACGUGGACGCCAAGCUCACCACCUUCAUGGAGGAGGCGCAGAACUCCACCAACUCGGAGGAGAUGCUGGGCGAGAUCGUGCGGACCAUCUACCAGAAGGCCGUGUCGGACCGCAGCUUCGCCUUCACCGCCGCCAAGCUAUGCGACAAGAUGGCGCUCUUCAUGGUGGAGGGCACCAAGUUCCGGAGCCUGCUCCUCAACAUGCUCCAGAAGGACUUCACGGUGCGCGAGGAGCUGCAGCAGCAGGACGUGGAGCGCUGGCUGGGCUUCAUCACCUUCCUGUGCGAGGUCUUCGGCACCAUGCGCAGCAGCACGGGCGAGCCCUUCCGCGUGCUCGUGUGCCCCAUCUACACCUGCCUCAGGGAGCUCUUGCAAUCUCAGGAUGUGAAGGAAGAUGCUGUCCUUUGCUGCUCGAUGGAGCUGCAGAGUACAGGCCGGCUGCUGGAGGAGCAGCUGCCCGAGAUGAUGACAGAGCUCCUGGCCAGCGCCCGGGACAAGAUGCUGUGCCCCUCAGAGUCAAUGCUGACCCGGUCGCUGCUCCUGGAGGUCAUCGAGCUCCACGCCAACAGCUGGAACCCUCUGACGCCCCCCAUCACGCAGUACUACAACAGAACCAUCCAGAAACUGACAGCCUGACAGCCAGGGGGCCUGGCGGGCGGCCCACGGGCAGCUGGGGCCCUGGUGCACAGGGCCAGAUGGACAGGCGGGAGGACAGGGGUGGCCCUGGCUGGAGGAAGACAUGGGAGGAAGGCAGGCAGAGUCAGUGGCCAGUCUGGAGCCAGACGGGGAAGGGAUGGAAUCCCGGAGAGGAGCCCACGCACGAGCCCCCCAGCCCGAGCAUGCGGCAGCUCACACCAAUAAGGGAAGCAUGUUUCUUUUCCUGGUGGCCCUGGCCCUCCCCUCCUCAUUCCCACCUCCCCCAAGACCCAUCCCCGCAGAGCUUUGUGCGAGGGAUUUCAUCUCCGACUCCUCUCGGCCGGGUACCGCUUGGGUCAGAAAGGACCUCAGAGGGCUGAAAAACUGGGUCGGAGACGGGGCUUGCAUUGUUCCCUCAUGCUGUCAGCCGCCGUCGCCAACUGGCAGCAGGCGACGUGUAGCAGAUGUCCGGGAGGACAAAGGCAGGCACGGUCCCCACCAGCCGCCCCCCGCAAUCGACGGCCUUUGUCAGCCGAGGCUGAGCUUUUCUCUAACCUUCUCGCUCCACCCUCCCGCCUCCUCCCCACAGCCCCCGGCCUCGGGCCUAGGGGGUCGGGGGCAGCAGGGGACAUGGAGUUUGCAGUUCUACUUGCACUCUUUUGUUUACUGUGUUUUAUUUCUCAAAAGUCGGUUGCUUUGAAGUCUUCUCUCUCAGUGAAAAUGCCUGCGAUGUGAUCACACAGUCAGCACCGCGAGGACCCCCGGAUUAGUGGGAGAUCAAACCCGGCCCCCUCUGGAAGGAUUCUAGCCACAGACAGCUUGCCAGUAGCCAAUUAGGGUAAUUGGAAACUUCUGCCCCGGCAGGGGUCGCGGCUGGAAUCCUGUGUUCCUCGCCACUGGGACCAUAGUAAACCCGGUCCUGGCCCCUCGGGCCUUGUGGCGAACAGGGCACAAAGCUGGCGAAUUAAAACCAAAAUGCUAGGUGGUG